CUACCCUCUUUUGGUUUCAACCGGCGUGGGGACGUAGUGUGGCUGGUUACUGAAGCAGCUAAAAGCUUAAUAUUCGAGCAUAGAGCAUUGUUAUCUAUGGCUCUUCAUCUCGCUUUUUUCUGUGCAAAAGCUUUCUUCUGUUGUCAGUCCCCUAAGAAAAACACAACCACCAUGGACUCUUCACUGACUGCCGCUCAGAUCCGUGAGAAGUUCAUCGACUUCUUCAAACGUCAUGAGCACCAGUAUGUCCACUCGUCAGCCACCAUUCCACUGGAUGAUCCCACUCUCCUGUUCGCCAACGCCGGCAUGAACCAGUUCAAGCCCAUCUUCCUGAACACCAUUGACCCAUCCCACCCCAUGGCCAAACUUCGCCGUGCUGCCAAUACACAAAAGUGUAUUCGUGCUGGUGGCAAACACAACGACUUGGAUGAUGUUGGCAAAGACGUGUACCAUCACACCUUCUUUGAGAUGUUGGGCUCUUGGUCUUUUGGAGACUAUUUUAAGCACCUGGCUUGCGAGAUGGCACUGAAUCUGCUGACCAAAGAGCUCGGCAUUCCUAUUGAACGACUCUAUGUGACUUAUUUUGGUGGUAAUGCUGAUGCAGACCUGGAGCCUGACUUGGAGUGCAAGCAGAUCUGGCUGGACUUGGGAAUGGAGGAGUGUCGUAUUCUGCCGGGCAGUAUGAAGGAUAAUUUCUGGGAGAUGGGUGACACCGGUCCUUGUGGACCAUGCAGCGAGAUUCACUAUGACCGUAUUGGAGGCAGAGAUGCAUCCCAUCUGGUCAACAUGGAUGACCCCAAUGUGCUUGAAAUCUGGAACUUGGUGUUCAUCCAAUUUAACAGGGAGUCAGAGACCGUCCUAAAGCCUCUGCCUAAGAAGAGUAUUGACACAGGCAUGGGACUGGAGCGCUUGGUGUCUGUACUGCAAAACAAAAUGUCUAACUACGACACUGACCUUUUCGUUCCUUAUUUCGAGGCCAUUCAGAAGGGCACAGGUGCCCGCCAAUACACAGGAAAGGUUGGCGCAGAAGAUACAGAUGGUAUUGACAUGGCGUACCGUGUCCUGGCCGAUCAUGCCCGCACAAUAACUAUUGCUUUGUCUGAUGGUGGCAGACCUGACAACACAGGCAGAGGCUAUGUAUUAAGGAGGAUUUUGCGUCGUGCAGUGCGAUACUCUCAUGAGAAGCUUGGUGCACAGAGGGGCUUCUUUGCCUCCCUCGUAGACGUGGUGGUUGAGUCACUGGGUGAUGCUUUUCCUGAGUUGAGGAAAGAUCCAGAUAUGGUGAAGGAUAUCAUCAAUGAGGAAGAGGCACAGUUCCUCAAAACCCUUAGCAGGGGACGUCGCAUAUUGGACCGGAAGAUUCAGAGUCUGGGAGACAGCAAGACCAUCCCAGGUGACACAGCCUGGCUGCUAUAUGACACCUAUGGUUUUCCUCUGGACCUCACUGCCCUGAUCGCUGAAGAGAGGGGGAUGGGGGUGGACAUCCAGGCCUUUGAGGAAGAGAAGAAAGCUGCUCAGAUAAGGUCUCAGGGAAAAGGGUCUGGUGAUGUGGACCACAUCAUGUUGGACAUCUACGCCAUCGAAGAGCUGAGAAACAAGGGUAUGGCUGCCACAGAUGACAGCCCCAAGUAUCGCUACACUUCAGAUGAUAACGGCAACUAUGAUUUUAAACGGGUUGUGGGCACAGUGUUGGCUUUAAGAAGGGAGCGUGCAUUCGUCGACGAGGUGACCACAGGACAAGAGUGCGGAGUGCUGCUCGAUCAAACCUCAUUCUAUGCUGAGCAAGGUGGACAGAGCUUCGAUGAAGGUUACAUGCUUCGAGAGAAUGACUCUGCUGAGGACAGGAUGGAGUUCACAGUAAAGAAUACUCAAGUGAGAGGAGGAUAUGUCCUGCAUAUUGGUACAGUGUAUGGGUCACUAAAGGUUGGAGAUCGCCUAACGCUUCAUGUGGAUGAGGCUCGUCGUAGGCCGAUCAUGAGUAAUCACACCGCCACACACAUCCUUAACUUUGCCUUGCGUUCAGUGCUGGGUGAGGCAGAUCAGCGAGGCUCUCUGGUUGCUUCAGACCGACUGCGGUUUGAUUUCACCGCCAAAGGAGCUAUGAGCACGGAUGAAGUGAAGCGCACAGAGGAGAUCGCCUGUGCUACGAUUCGUGAUGCCAAGGCAGUCUAUGCUCUGGAUGCUCCUCUUGCAGCCGCUAAAGCCAUCCAGGGUCUGCGGGCUGUGUUUGAUGAGACGUACCCUGAUCCAGUCAGAGUGGUUUCUAUCGGUGUCCCUGUGGAGGAGCUGCUGGCCGACCCGAACAGCCCUGCGGGCUCCAUCACCUCCAUCGAGUUCUGCGGUGGAACGCAUUUGCAGAACUCAAGUCAUGCUGGGCCGUUUGUGAUCGUUUCGGAAGAGGCCAUCGCUAAAGGAAUCAGGAGAAUUGUGGCAGUGACUGGAGCAGAGGCUCAGAAGGCUCAGAGGAAAGCUGAUGCCUUGAAAGUGAGCCUGGAUGCCAUGGCAGAGAAAGUUAAAGCUCAGACCGUCCCCAAUAAAGAUGUUCAGAAGGAGAUUGCUGAUAUGACGGAGUCGCUGGGCACUGCUGUGAUCUCUCAGUGGCGAAAAGAUGAGAUGAGGGAAUCUCUAAAGGGUCUAAAGAAGAUCAUGGAUGAUCUGGACCGUGCCAGCAAGGCUGAUGUACAGAAAAGGGUCCUGGACAAAACAAAAGAGAUCAUUGACAGCAACCCAAACCAACCUCUGAUCGUCAUGGAGAUGGAGACUGGAGCAUCCGCAAAGGCGUUGAACGAGUCUUUGAAACUGUUGAAGACAAAUUCUCCUCAGACUGCUGCUAUGCUUUUUGCUGUGGACAACGAAGCGGGCAAAAUUAUCUGCUUGUGCCAAGUUCCCCAGGAUGUGGCAAAACGUGGCCUCAAGGCCAAUGAGUGGGUCCAGGAAGUGUGCCCUCUGCUGGAUGGAAAAGGCGGUGGUAAAGAUAUGUCCGCUCAGGCUACAGGAAGAAACACAAACUGCAUACAAGAGGCUCUGCAACUUGCCAACGAGUUCGCCCGACUCAAACUAGGUGAAAAUUAAUGAGCGAUAUAGGUGUCAAAUCUUCUUCUAGUUCUGCUUACUGAAUGGUCAAACUGGACAUUUUAGGUUGGAAAAUGUGAAAACUGUACAGAAAUGUGUCAAUUGUAAAUUAUGGAUAGGAAGGGAAAUAAUGAAUGCCCCCUCUAUUCAUUGAAGAACUGCAACUGGGGAACACUUGUGUAAUAUUUGAUCAAUCCAACUGUCCAGUCUCUGAUGCUACACACACAGGGGCUAUGCAUGCUUUUCUAAUACAUUUAGAUUAACAAUGUUAAAUACUUUGCUGCUAGGUAAAAGCUGUUUCAUUACCAGUCUUGUCUUUGUAUGAAAAUAUGAAGGGGAAAAUAAUUGUCAUUCUCUUUUAUCAUAACAUUUUCCAUGACAGUUCUUAGCAUUAUGGAGAUCCGUCUCGGUCAGGGGGGAUGUUGUAAUGGUUCAAGCAAACAAAUGCUUGUGAAACUUAAUCACAAACAACAUUAAUGUGUUUUGCUAGCACUUCUAAUCUCUGUAAUGGAAAAAUGAGCCAUCAGUCACCUGUCACAUGAUAUAUAUGUAUAACUUGCUAACGGUAAUAAAAAUCAGUGGUGUCAAA